GGCAGGUGGUGUUGGUCUAUUGCUGGCUGCGGCUUGUCAGGAAGGAGCUGGAGGGGAGAUAUGACCGGGGCUCCGGGAGAGGAGGAUGAAUGAGUGAUCCAAGGAUCCACUGAAAAUCAACCAAUGCAUUCCAAAAGCGAAGAAGACCACUCUCCUCUUCUCUUUACAGAGAUCUGACUUGAUUGUAAUUCAGUGAGAGAAUAGUGGUCCUGGAAAGAAGAUGCUGGGAUCUGAACGUGGUGUAGUGGACGAAUGGCUCUCCGAAUACAAGGUAUUACCUGAAACUCAGCUCCCUGCUUAUGCUGCAACUCUCCAUCGCAAGAAGACGCUUGUUUCUGCUUUGUAUAAAGUGAUUCAAGACCCAAAUAACGAGCUUCUUGAGCCCAUAUGUCACCAGCUCUUUGAGCUUUACCGUAGCUCUGAGAUUCGACUUAAAAGAUUUACCAUGCAAUUUUUGCCUGAGCUGAUGAGCGUUUAUCUGCGUCUCACUGCCAGCCGCGACCGGCAAAGCAAUGGGUGCAUUGAGGCACUUCUUUUGGGAAUUUACAAUUUGGAAAUUGCAGACAAAGAUGGAAACAAUAAGAUUUUAUCGUUUACUAUUCCUUCAUUGUCCAAGCCUUCAAUCUAUCACGAGCCCUCAUGUUUAGGAUCGAUGGCUUUGACAGAGGGAGCGUUGAGCCAACAUGAUCUGAUCAGAGUGGUUUACAGCGACCUUCACCCCCAGAGAGAAAACUUUACUGCACAGAACAGUGUAGAGUUUUUUUGUCAGCACGAUGGACUUUUGCCACAAGUCGAUGGGAGUAUCAGUGUGAAGGAUGCUGUUCAACCUAGUCAGGUUGCAAAUGCUAUGAAGAAUUCAUUACCAUUUGAUGCUCCAGACACGUCAAAACAGGGACAGAAGGUGCUAAAAGUUGAGGUGACACCUACCGUCCCUCGCAUUUCGCGAACUGCAAUCACCACAGCAUCAAUUAGACGGCACCGCUGGAGAAGAGAAGGUCCUGAUGGUACAAUUGGAGGAGAAGACUCCAUUAAUCUUAAUGAUGCAGACGAGGGUUUUUCAUCUGGAGCCUCUGUAAGCAGUCAUCCUUUAGGAGCCAAACAAACGUCUCAGAGGAACAAUUCAAGGAAAAGCGGUAGUGUGCGUUCCAUUAAGGAAAAAGAGAUGACAACUCAAUCAAAGACUGUAGAAAACCCUUGGGAAGGCACACCGAGGAAGCAACACCUCCCACCAUUGGCCGAUGCAACACUUGAAGGGAUAGAGCUAUCACCUGUAAAGAAGCACCUUAGCCUUCCUGCUGGUGUGGUGCCAAAGGCCAAUAAUAUAAGUUUGAUCCGAACCUCCAGCACUUCAUCCAGUAAAUCAUUUGACUAUGUAAAUGGAAAUCAAGCUGGUGGCAGUGGAGGGAUAGAAGGUUCUACUAACCUCUCUGUCUGCAACACUAACAGAUUUUCAACUAUUAGCUUACAGGAAGACAAGCUAGGCCAUGGAGGAGAGGGUAAAGACCUCCUAUCUCCUGGUGCCCCAUUGACCAAACAAUCCCGGUCUCCAAGUUUCAAUAUGCAGUUAAUUUCCCAGGUGUAGUUGGCUCCCCACUCUCCUGUUUUUGCCCUCUCUUAGACAGAACUGUUUCUUUGCACUUGAACAAAAUCCGUACUGCAAUGUGAAAUAUAUUUUAGUUUUAUCUAUGUUCCUUAGUUAGAAUUCUGUGUUUUAUAGCAAGAGCAAUACAAACCUCUCCAUACUUUCCAUGUGCAAAGUAUUAAGAAAAAAAAUGCUUUUGUCAUUUCUUCCUUUUUAUUUGGGUGAUGUGCAAUCCAUUAUUAUCCUGUCAGUCCCAUUUCAACACUGUGAGUCUGCUCAGAAAAGAGGUCAGUGGAAAUAAAAAUCUUGUUUAUGGUUGUGGGAUUCUUAAGAUCUGGCGCAUGAUGUUUUUACCUGGAUUUUCAAGGAACUAUUUAAAGGUUAUUUGAACUUUUUUCAGUGCAAUCCAUUUUUUAAUUAAUGUUUAUUAAUCUGAUCAUCAGGCUUUUAUCCUCUCGACAGUCGAAUGCAUUUUCAACUCUCCUGUUGGCUUCACCUGUAAAGGAACUAUUCCCUCAAAUUCAUCACUAUGGGAAGAAGGAAAAUGUAGAUUACAGAUGAAUAGCAAUGAUGUUAUGAUAAUCUACACUCUUAUGUGUCUUCCCUUCUUUCCGAGAAUUGGUGGAUUUACAGUUGGAGAGAAUUAUUGUUUUAAAAAAAAAAAAUCAACAAAGUUCUGACUUAUUGCUUUAGAAUAUUCUCAUUUCCUUCAGGUUAGUGCUUGCAAAUUGAUGUCAAGUUUGUUGUCAGGUAAACAGAAGGCCUUGGGCUGUUUUGUUCCUUAUUGAAAACAGUCAAAGAGCCUUCACAGCUGCUCCCCUUUUGCUCCACCCAGUAACUAUUGAGACAUGUGACAAGUCUUUAUUCCAGUCUGGUCUGGCCAGCCAGUAAAAGAACACUUCAGGCGGAGUCAAACAGCCAACUGGAAUUGCUGAUGUACAAUGUGAAACUGUGUUCCACCCACAGUGUUUUAUUGGUGACCCCUCUUUCCUCUUGACCAUACUGCCUUUGUUAUGACUAUUCUUUUUGUAACUUGUGCUAAUGUUUCCAAAUUUACUUGGUUCUGUAAGGGCAGGGAGGUGGGCUACUGAUUAUUGCUGGGGGGUUUUUCACCCCUUUGAUACAACCUUCUAGGUGAGUUGUAUUGUUUUACGUUCCCUUUUAAUAGAUCCGGGUGUGAAUGUAUAUGGAUAUUCAAGUGGCAGAUUUUAAUUUUGUUGAUAUUUUUUUUUUUUUAUUCUAUUUUACAGUUUAAAAAGGACAUACUCGCCCUCUCUGACUGCGGCAUUGUUUGCUAAUACACACAAUUAUACAGAGAAUAGCUGGUAGACCAACAUCUGUUUUUUAUAUGGGCAGCUAAGUUACUGUGAAUCUGUACCAUCUUUUAAAACAAAUUCUUUAGAAUGGAGCUGACAUUGGUUAGGAUGAUAUGGCCAGUAAAUGUUUAUAUUUAUUAAAUAGAUGGUGGUAAGUUAUACAUGCCAAGAACUACAUUACUGUAUUGAAAUCAUUUUUUUAUUGUUUCCCUCUGUGUAACUUAACUGUAAAAAAGAAAAAGCUGAAUGUAUCUAUCCAAAAUACAAAUUCAAGUCAUAUGAAUUUAGAAAAGCAAUAGCUAUAAUUCACACUCCCAAAAUAAGCCUGUAUUUUAUAUCUAUAGUGGAUGCAAUGCUAGCUGUAGGUUUUUUUAUUGGAUUACACUAAUUAUUUUUAUGUUAUGUGUAACCGGAAUUCCAUCCACCCACAAAACCUAUCCUAAUAUUAAGCCCUGGCUUCAGUAAUGCUUCCAGGUCUGCAAAUGAAUGCAAGAAGCAACAUGUCUGCCCCCACAUCACCAAACAAUCCAGUCCUCUGCACUCGCAGGAGACAGCACAAUCUUCUUAUAAAAAACAAAUGACAAGUGCUUGGAAUACUCCAGAUUGGUGUUUAGUGUGUGCUUCCAUGCCAAUUUGAUGUUAAAAAAAAAAAAAGCGAACUCCAAGUACAUUGCAGACUUGCUUAGCAAACUGUUUUGUUGCUAUAUAACUCAAGAAUAGUUUGCAUGGAUCUGUCCCUUUAAAUUAGAACUUGUGGGAUGCACUUGUCUUUGUCAUGUGAUUAUUUAUGUUUUAAAUCUGUUAUUAUGGUCUCAAGCUAUGAAGCUGUUAAGGCUGAUGCCAUGCAGGCUCGCUCAUGUCAGCCUAACAGUGAGUUAAAGGGACAUGAAACCCAAAACUUUUCUUUCAUGAUUCUGAUAGAACAUACAAUUUUAAAUAACUUAACAAUUGACUUCUAUUAUCAAAUUGGCUUUAUUCUCUUGUUAUCCUUUGUUGAAUGAGCAGAAAUGCACUACUGGCAGCUAGCUGAACACAUCUAGUCAGCCUAUCACAAGAGACAAAUGUAUGCAGCCACCAAUCACCAGCUAGCUCCAGUAGUGUAGGAUAUGUACAUAUUAUUUUUCAACAGUGGAUACCAAGAGAACAAAGCACAUUUGAAAAUCAAAAUAAAGGGUCUUAAAAUUACAGGCUCUAUCAGAAUCGUGCAAGUUUAAUAUUGACUCUCCUUUUAAGAAGCAGUAGCUGCAAGACUGCUGCUUCCUAAGCAUAAAGGUAUAGAAAGGUCAGAAUUUAAAUGUGCGUGGGUGCAUUUUAAUUUUAAAAAGAAGCAUUUUUAUUUAUUAGCAAAAAAUGCUUCUAGUAAAAGUUAUUACUGAUUUUCAGUGGCAUACGCACAUAUGCUUUGAGGGCAACAGUAUUCAAACACAUCUUAGUGUCAUCAGUGGCUUGUAUGACACAAAUUAACUCUUGACAGGCAGAAUACACAAAAUCACCAGUGGGCGGCCCCUAAUAGCAUAUGUGCAUAUACCGCUAAAUAACAGUAAUAACUUUUACUUGAAGCAUUUUGCCUAAUGGAAGUAUAUUGCAAAAAAAUGCUUCUAUUUCAAAUUGAAAUACACCCAUGCACAUUUUAACUUUGACCUUUCUAUCCCUUUAAAUUAUUGGUGUGGGGUAAUUGACAGGUCCUGCUCUUGUGAGUGAGCGAUGCUGCACAAGCAUGUGUCUUUUUGCAAGUAGUGACCUAUACUUUUAAAGCAAAGCAAACACUGUCUACAGGGCCUAAACAGACCAUUCCUCAUGUAUAGAAUGCAGCUAAACAUCCUUGCCAGGCAGGAUUAAACCAUGCAGAACAGAGGGGUACAGCUGUAUUCUAGCUUUAUUAACUCAUCUCAAAAUAUGAUGGCAGAUGUGAUACUGCACACUCUGCCACUAAUGCUCACCUUGCAAUUUUUCAGUGCAAUAUGUUCAUUCUUUUAAUUGUUUCAUACAUGUUUAAAAGUGAUAAUGGUUUAUGAAUGCAAAUGCUUUGUCUAGAGUAGGUUUAGGUUGCAAUCCAAGAUAUGUAAUUGCAUUCUCACAUUUCGGUUUUACAAUUUUAAUUAGUUUGCAGAAAUAAUUUUUAGUUGAAAGGUAAAAGAGCCAAAGAAUAUGCAUUUUAUUUACUUGUUAAACGAAAAAAGAAAAUUAUAACCUAUAUUUACCUCCUUUUUGCUCCAUUUGUAAUAGACUUCCUAAAUACUGACCUUUGUUUCAAUUUUAAAUGUUGAUUUCAAGCUUCUCAGAAAUUUGUUGUUUGUGACAAAUCACAUUUUCUCCAUAUUUGUAGGUUUGUUUACAUAAUGUGUUAACUUUAUUUUGUUAAUUUGUUUUAGUGACAAUCAUUAAGUGUUUGUGCAAAACAAACUCCUGAACGACAACUGAAAUAUUCUGGAAAUGAUUUUUUUCACCAUAACUAAAAACCUUCAAAAGUCUUUUUUUCUGUAAAUGUUACUAAAGACAGGAGUUGUGCUUUUGAGAUGAACCGGUAAUUAUAUCCUUAUGGGAUUUAAUCUGGCAGCCCAUAUAGUUAGAUUCUUUCCUAGAAACUAUUGGUUCAUAUUUCAAACCUAGGUCUUACAAUACCUGGAGCUGGUAGUCUUCUUAUCUCCUGAACAGUAGAAUCCUAUGCCCUUUACCUCUCCUAUUUUACCAUUUAUAGCUUGUAUAGAUGAAACAACAUUCUAAACCCAUAGGAUUUCAGUUUUAGAGGUAGUGAACUUUGGGCCCAUUUCUUACUUUCUUCUUAAGGCAACACAUUAGACAUUGUCCAAAUGCAAAGAUCAGCACGUUUAAAAAAAAAAUAACUGCUGGUUUGUUGUGGCUGCUUUGGGCAUAUUUUAAUACCACACAAUACUACUUUCCUGGAUAGAUUUUAAACGCACUAUGAACGUAAAAGAAUAUACUGCUUAUUUCUGGUUUUAACACCGCACAACCUAUUCCAUAUUUAUUGUGUGAGUCACUUGCUAAGUUUUUUUGUUUAUACAGAAAUAAGAAUCUGGUUCCUCAUUUCAGAAGCAGAUAGUUUAACCCAUUUUACAAACACAUUUUUGAGUAAAGCAAGUUAUUUUUGAACUCCAGUGUUUAUGCUUAAAUCAUUCACUCUGUUGAUCUUCAAUGUUUUUUAGUGUAUCUGUGAAAAUGGUUUCAUAGAGACAUUUCACUUAUGCUCUUUAUUAGCUUUGACUGCUUCAUUUAAUUUACUCCAAGAUACUGCAGCAUAUUGAUGAUGUUCAUUUAUUUCCUACUGCUUGCAUGGUCCUUGAGGAAGGAGACGUGGCAUCAGCUCCAUUCUCAAAAUAAGUUGCGCCAAUUAAAUUAUUACAAGAAAUUAUAUUUGUACUAAAAUGUGUAAUCUCAGAGCUGUCAUUGAACUUGCAUGGUCCAAUCAGAAUAUAUUUUUAAUUUGUAUUAUAGAAUAAAAUCAGUAUGUAUUUUUCAAAUAUGUUGUAAAAAUAUUCCAUUUUAAGGUUCAGAUUUACUAAACCCGUUUUCAAACCUCUGACAAUGCUAGAUUUUCAUACACUCAGAUUGUUUGCUGAAUGCAUUUUAUAUAGAAAAUGGUUCAAACCCAGAAUCCCAAUCCUCUCUCACACAAGCAUUCCUUGGCAUACUGGUAUGAAACAAACUGUUAGAUAAGGUGCUAGGACAAAAUCUGUUUCUCCCUGGGUUUGUAAUUAUUUGAUUCUUAUUUGCAACAGCAUCCAGAGGGGUCAGUAGUGCAUUGCAAACAAAUAGUUCGUUAGCAUUUCCAGCAACCAAGGUUAUAGCUAUGUCAUUGGGACCAGUAAAUAGUUUCUAAUAUCUGUCCAGAGCAGAACCAAAAUCUUGAAGAUCAUGUUAUUGGUGCAUGUUGAACAUAUUUAUAAUUAUCUUACAAGAAAAUGCUAUUCACUGUUGUUGAAAUGUUAAAUUUAGUUGCUGUUGACAAUGUAAAUAGCUAGCAGAGAGUAAAAUAAAUAUUUUAAUUCAUUGUAAAUAGGAGAUGUACAAACUUCAGAAUCAGUAAGAUAUCUAUACUCUGUUAAAUAAAUAUUGUAAUGUUUCUGGC